AUAAUACUUAUUUAUGCAUAUACUUGAAAACAAAAUAUCUAAAUCAUUCACAUGUCAAUUGAGGAAUGAAGAAUGUUGACAUUCGUCAAAUGGGCAUGUGAAAUAUUGCGAUGUCAAGUAUUGAUGUGUUUUAUUUGAUUUAUUUUAAACUAUAAGGUCUACAUUUCCAAAUGUAUCCGUAGAAAAUGAAGACAAGUCAUCAUGCGGUGCAUCAUAGUCCUUGGGGUGUGUGAGUGGAAGGGGGUGCGGCUGCCACAGUUCCAGAAGUGGGAGAGAGAAAGGCCUUUGAACCCCAGAGAGGCACAAUCUGCCGCAUAGACCGGUAUUAUCGUGAUGUCAGAGGAAGACGGUAAACCUGUUCAUGCUCUGGAGGCCAAGGCAGAGCCAGUGGCACCCAGUGGCCAGGGACCUGUGUCCGUGUCCACAACUGUGUCGGGGCCCCCUACCCCCACCGAGGAUGAGGAUGAGAGCGAAGACGAGUCUGAGAUCCUGGAGGAGAGCCCUUGCGGCCGCUGGCAGAAACGCAGAGAGGAGGUGAACCAGCGGAACGUCCCAGGGAUAGACGCUGCCUACCUGGCCAUGGACACGGAGGAGGGGGUGGAAGUGGUCUGGAACGAGGUCAUGUUCUCUGAGAGGAAAAACUUCAAGCUGCAGGAGGAGAAGGUGAAGUCUGUGUUUGACAACUUGAUUCAGCUGGAGCAUCUCAACAUUGUCAAGUUUCACAAGUACUGGGCUGACAUCAAUGACAUCAACCGUGCCAGGGUGAUUUUCAUCACAGAGUACAUGUCCUCAGGAAGUCUGAAGCAGUUUCUGAAGAAGACUAAGAAAAACCACAAGACCAUGAAUGAAAAGGCCUGGAAGAGAUGGUGCACCCAGAUCCUCUCAGCGCUCAGUUACCUCCACUCCUGUGAGCCGGCCAUCAUCCAUGGGAACCUGACCUGUGACACAAUCUUCAUCCAGCACAAUGGACUCAUCAAGAUAGGAUCAGUGGCUCCAGACACCAUCAACAACCAUGUGAAGACCUGCAGAGAGGAACAGAAGAACCUGCACUUCUUCGCUCCUGAAUAUGGAGCUGUUGCAGAUGUCACUACUGCAGUGGAUAUCUAUUCCUUUGGGAUGUGUGCCCUGGAGAUGGCAGUGUUGGAGAUCCAGGGGAAUGGAGAAUCUUCCUACGUCUCUCAGGAGGCCAUCAACAAUGCCAUACAGUCACUGGAAGACCCACUGCAGAGGGAGUUUAUUCAGAAGUGUCUGGAGGCUGACCUGUUUAAGAGGCCUACAGCCAGAGAGCUGCUGUUCCACCAGGCUCUGUUUGAGGUGCCCCUGUUGAAGCUGCUAGCUGCACACUGCAUCGUCAGCCACCAGCAUAUGAUCCCUGAGAAUGCCUUAGAGGAGAUCACAAAGAACAUGGACCCCAACCUCAUCAUCGCUGAGAUAAAGGAGGGCGUGCAGCUCAAGCUGUCUCAGUUUCCUGCCCUGGAGCUGGAUAAGUUCCUGGAGGAUGUGAGGAACGGUAUCUACCCUCUGACAGCGUUCGGUCUGCCCUCUCGCCAGCAGCCCCAGCAAUCUCCUGUCAAAUCCCCCAUUGUCACCCCCUCUGUAAAAUCCCCUACCCCAGAACCUUCGGAACUGGAGACACGCAAGGUUGUUCAGAUGCAGUGUAAUAUUGAGCCAGUGGAGGAGGGUGCAAAACAUCAUCUGACACUACUGUUGAAGCUGGAGGACAAACUGAACAGACACUUAAGCUGUGACUUGUUACCCAAUGAGAAUGUAAAGGAACUGGCUGUUGAGCUGGUCCAACUGGGCUUUAUCAGCGAGGUGGACCAAAGCAGGAUGGCCACUGUCCUAGAAGAGGCCUUCACCAAGUUCUUCAGCAGGAACGAUUCCCUCAACCCCGUCACUGUGUCCUCAUAACAGGAUCACCACGGACCCCAACUCCAGUACCUCUAUAUAUGCCUCUACAGGUACCUCCGUAGGUGGUUUGAAAUCGGAUACAAAUCUCAUUUCUGGCCGUGCAACUUGUCUGAACAGUCAAAUCUGAUUUAUUUUCCCUCAAAUAGUUUUUACUGUUAUUUGGCUUAUGUUGUUGCUUGAUAGCUUCUCUGUUGACAGUUUGACAAGAACAUGUGGUAGCUACCUAGCUUUUGUUAAUUGUUUACAAAUGAUUGGGUGUGCUAGAGAGCUAAACUGCUAGCUAGUUGAUUGAUUGCUGUGGCUAGCCAAAAUAGCACUCGUUUUGAAAGUUUGGUCAUCUCAUCCUUUUGAGGCUUUAAAAGUGUUUCUGAACAUUUAAAGCAACCGGGAAAUGUCUAUGCCAGGCAUUGUUAUCUUAGCUAACUACAUAAGUGAUAGGGAGCACCGCCACCAAUCAGCUUACACCACACCCCAGUCGUUAAUGACAACUAGUGUAGCCCUGUCAGCAAUGACUGCUGUCUGAACACCCAUUCAUCUGAUUUGGUCACUUUUUGUUUGGACAGUCAAAACCAGUUAAAAACCAAAACAGAUUUUAGCAUUAAAGAUGCACCAUGCAGCAAUCGCCCCACCAUUUCCUGGUUGCUAAAAUUCAAAUAGUUUGCCUAAUUCCAGUUUGUGACAGCAAGUAUAGUGUAGGGAAUAAUUGUACCAUCUAAACUCUUGGAAUGAUCUUUUACAUAAU